GAUUUUGCUCUCCUUAACCAACGCCCUUCUUACAGCUCAGACUCUGACGUAUCGUUCGGUGUCCGUCCGCCAAAAAAAGCGGGAGCGCGACUCGCCGCGUUGGCUCAAUUUAGUUUCGUUCGUCUAGUGAGUCGCGGGCCCGAGUUCGGCGUGUAACUCAAUUCUGGGCUUUGGAUCCGCCGAGGGUCUUAAUUUUGAAGGUAAUUACUGAUAGUCUCUGCAGGAACAGGAGGAACAUGAAGGCACUCAUCCUUGUUGGAGGGUUUGGAACACGCUUGAGGCCACUGACACUCAGUGUCCCGAAGCCACUUGUUGAUUUUGCUAACAAACCCAUGAUUCUUCAUCAGAUAGAAGCUCUUAAGGCAAUUGGAGUAGAUGAAGUGGUUUUGGCUAUUAAUUACCAACCAGAGGUGAUGCUAAACUUUUUAAAGGAAUUUGAGACAAAACUUGGAAUCAAAAUCACAUGCUCACAAGAGACUGAGCCACUUGGCACUGCUGGUCCUCUGGCUCUUGCCAGGGAUAAGCUGGUUGAUGGUUCUGGAGAUCCAUUUUUCGUCCUCAACAGUGAUGUUAUCAGUGAGUAUCCACUCAAAGAAAUGAUUGAAUUCCAUAAAGGACAUGGGGGAGAGGCCUCAAUAAUGGUUACAAAGGUAGAUGAGCCAUCAAAGUACGGGGUGGUGGUUAUGGAAGAGUCCACAGGAAAAGUCGAGAGAUUUGUAGAAAAACCAAAGAUAUUUGUUGGAAACAAAAUCAAUGCUGGAAUCUAUCUGUUGAAUCCGUCAGUUCUUGAUAGAAUUGAGCUGAGGCCCACCUCCAUUGAGAAAGAGGUCUUUCCUCAGAUUGCAGCAGCACAAAAGCUUUAUGCCAUGGUCCUGCCAGGGUUUUGGAUGGACAUUGGACAGCCAAGAGACUACAUUAAAGGCCUGAGACUCUACCUUGACUCCCUGAGAAAAAAAUCUUCGUCCAAGCUGGCAACUGGAACCCACAUUGUGGGAAAUGUCUUGGUGGAUGAGACUGCCAAGAUCGGAGAAGGCUGUUUAAUUGGACCAGAUGUUGCCAUUGGCCCUGGUUGUGUUGUUGAGUCAGGGGUAAGACUCUCUCGCUGCACAGUGAUGCGUGGAGUGCGCAUCAAGAAGCACGCAUGCAUAUCUAGCAGUAUCAUCGGAUGGCACUGCACUGUUGGGCAAUGGGCCCGUGUAGAGAACAUGACCAUUCUCGGCGAAGAUGUUCAUGUAUGCGAUGAAAUUUACAGCAACGGAGGCGUAGUCCUACCCCACAAAGAGAUCAAGUCUAGCAUUUUGAAGCCAGAGAUUGUCAUGUGAGGUAUUAUUAUCAUUCAUUGUUUAUUAGUUCUCAGAGAAGUAGACACUGUUUAGGAACUAGCAAGUGACUGUUGUUUGAAAAAUGGGCUUGUUCCUUUUUUUUCCUCCAUUGCUCCUUUCUGCAAUUCCAGUUGGUGUUGAGUCUUCGAAGUUGAGAGUUGAAGAGUCGGUUUCUAUUUGUUUAGAUGCACGAGAAGGGAUACGAAUGAGUCUGAGAUAUGUAACAUUAGUGUGUAUAUAGAAAAUAAAUUAUCAGUUUGUUUUUCUGUCAUGUGAUCUUUUCCAUUGAUGAAUUGUUUUAAAUGUAUAUUCCUUUGUUAUUAUGGGAGUGUCGGUAGGAUCCCAUGUUGGCAAUUUUUAAUUUGUCCCUCCUAGGCCCCA